GUACAGGAAUCGGUUGGAUAAAGGCAAUCGCGCUUUAACGGAGAAGCGUUGGAGUAACCAUAGCUUUCUUCAGAUCCGUGAUAUUUAACCUAGGGGUUCUGUUUUAGCAAAAUAUCCGUGAAUAAUUACAGCCACCCCUAGCGCAAGGAUUAAAGAUCUGCGUGUAUCGUACACACUUUGAUCGGAUAAAAUGUUUGAUCGGUGCCUGUGAAACUUCGACUCGUUUUCGGAGGACCCUUUCAUCUUUCGGUCACACCGGAGUAGAGGAGACACCGGUGUAGCCUGGGCUUUGGAUAACAUAUCUGGAGAAAGCAACAGUUCCUGUCCAUAUAUAAAUUGGAGAUUUAUUUCCAUUGUCUUCCCAACAGUUUCCAGGAUCUCAAAGAAGCCUCUGUUCUCUUGUGUAGCAGCGGAGAGAGACAGAGAGGUCCUGAGGAGUCUGUCUGACUUUAGAUACUCGUAUCCUGUCGAAACAUCUUGCAUAGGCAAGGCAGACACAUUGAGAGUGUGAUACAGAAGACAUCAGCUCCGUUCCAAAACCUAGUGAGCGGCAUUCCGGGCUGCUGUUUACAGGGGCCAGAAGUGGAGAACCUCAUUUAAAAGACUCACAGCUUCCAGACAUCUGAAUCAAUGCCAAAUCCUUGUCCUCAUCAGACAGCCUAGCGAAGGUGCAGGAGGUAGCAAGCUGGCUUUUGGAAAUGAACCAGGAUCUGCUGUCGGGGGGCAGCGGCAGCAGGGCGGCCCAGCAGCAGAGGCCCGGGGAAGCAGGGGCAGGUAACGGCACCUCCGGCGGCCGCACACCCCAGCCCCAGGCGGAGCACAUGAACCAGGUGCAGGAGGAGUCCGAGCAGGAGGCGCAGGAACAGAGACGGGAGCCGGCCGAGGAAGAGGAGGAUGGCGGAAGAGAGCGUCUCAGGGAAGAGCAGGAGCCAUGGCCGUCCGGAGGCGAGGCGGUGGAGGAGGGGCGCAGGAGUGCGGUGAAUGGAGAGGAGAAGGGAGCGCAGUGGAUAUGGGAGCAGGAGCAGAGAAGACUGCGAAGACGACGUCACGGAGAGGAGGAGAACGAGGAGGAGGAGAACAAUAACAGCGGGAGGGAGGGACAAGGCGGGGCUGGAUUGCGUUCGGAGGAAGAUGACGACCGGCCGGAGGAUGAAGAGGACGGGGAGGAGGAGGAAAUGGACCAAGACAGUGAUGAGUUUGAACAUUCAGAUGAUAGUGGGAGGGAAGAGCAGGAGGAGGAGGCUGAAGAGGAGGAGGAAGACUGUGAGGAAGGCCUCCACUCUCCCUCCCUCAGGACCAGUAUUUCGGACCAUAAUGAUAAUACAGACCAGUCUUCUGCUGGACGACAGCACCAAAGCUCACACUCUGUUGAGAAUAAGAUGAAGAGAAAGUUGGACCAUGGACCCGAGGUUCGAUCUUUCCCUUCAGGAAAAAAACCCUGUCCAAGCCCUACAGGACUGCCAUACCCAGCCACGCCCACAACGUUUGGGGCUUUACGAGAAGCCAAUGGGCAGGGUCAGCCGAGACGGCGUAUCACGUCCAUCCAGCCCCCCUCUGGCCUGCAGGAGUGGCUCCGCACCUUUCAGAGCUGGAGUGGACCGGAGAAGCUGCUUGCGCUGGAUGAGUUGAUUGACAGCUGUGAGCCCACACAGGUCAAACACAUGAUGCAGGUGAUCGAACCACAGUUUCAGAGAGACUUCAUCUCACUGCUGCCAAGAGAGUUGGCCUUACACGUGCUGUCGUUUCUGGAGCCAAAGGAUCUGCUUCAGGCAGCUCAGACGUGCCGUUACUGGCGCAUUCUAGCAGAAGACAACCUGCUCUGGAGGGAGAAGUGCAAGGAAGAAGGUAUUGAUGAGCCUUUGCACAUAAAGAGAAGGAAAGUUAUCAAGCCGGGGUUCACACACAGUCCCUGGAAGAGUGCCUACAUUAGACAACACAGAAUAGACACCAACUGGAGAAGAGGGGACCUCAAAUCACCCAAGGUGUUGAAAGGCCAUGAUGACCAUGUCAUCACCUGUCUGCAGUUUUGUGGAAACCGCAUAGUGAGCGGCUCUGAUGACAACACGCUCAAGGUGUGGUCUGCUGUCACUGGCAAGUGUUUGCGGACAUUAGUUGGCCACACGGGUGGCGUCUGGUCCUCUCAGAUGAGAGACAACAUCAUUAUCAGCGGAUCUACAGACCGAACACUGAAGGUCUGGAACGCAGAGACGGGAGAAUGUAUCCACACGCUGUAUGGUCAUACCUCAACAGUGCGCUGCAUGCACUUGCAUGAGAAAAGGGUGGUGAGUGGUUCUAGGGAUGCCACAUUGCGGGUUUGGGACAUUGAGACGGGUCAGUGUUUGCACGUUCUCAUGGGUCACGUAGCGGCUGUGCGCUGCGUUCAGUAUGACGGCCGCAGGGUGGUCAGCGGGGCCUAUGACUUCAUGGUGAAAGUAUGGGACCCUGAAACCGAGACCUGCCUACACACACUCCAGGGUCACACCAAUAGAGUUUACUCCCUACAGUUCGACGGCAUCCACGUGGUGAGCGGUUCGUUGGACACGUCGAUUCGGGUGUGGGACGUAGAGACGGGAAACUGCAUUCACACGCUCACAGGUCAUCAGUCUCUCACCAGCGGCAUGGAGCUUAAAGAUAAUAUCCUGGUCUCGGGAAACGCAGACUCCACAGUCAAGAUCUGGGACAUCAAAACCGGCCAGUGCCUACAGACACUGCAAGGUCCCCACAAACACCAGAGCGCAGUAACGUGCCUGCAGUUCAACAAGAAUUUUGUCGUCACCAGCUCCGACGACGGUACGGUGAAGCUAUGGGACCUGCGAACAGGCGAGUUCAUCCGUAACCUGGUGACGCUAGAGAGCGGGGGCAGCGGAGGGGUGGUCUGGAGGAUCCGCGCCUCCAACACCAAACUGGUCUGCGCAGUGGGCAGCCGUAAUGGCACUGAGGAAACCAAACUCCUGGUGCUGGACUUCGACGUGGACAUGAAGUGAGCCGAGCGACGGGGUCGAACUUAGGGGACUCGUUUGGAAAUUGGGAGGGGAAGCAGAAACCUGCCCUGGGCCUCUGCCCGGGCCGGCACCGAUCGCUCAAUUCAUGGCAUCUCCACCUCCCCGAUAAGUUGCCGCCAACAUUUUCUCCCUGUCGUGCCACGGCUCGCUCCGGCCUUAGUUCUGUUCACCUUACGGAUGGGUUGGGGGGUGUACGCUUACGCACUGCAGCAUUCUGGGAAAGGGGAGGAAUCCGAUGACUUGGGAAGACAGGAGCGAGCUACUUCCUGGAUUCUCCCAUUUUCGCUCAAGGCAACAUUGCACAGAGACUUGUUUACUCAAGCCUGACUGAAAUUCACAUCCAUAUGUACAAAAGUUUUUUUUUGAUCAAAACAAGUCGACACUGUAUACAUGAGACCCUAUUGCAUCAAUAAGGACAAUGGAGUGAGAAAUAGUGUAUACAAGUACAACAAAAAAUUAGCAGAGUAAGAAUUUGAAGAGCUUUGUACUGCAGGAGUGUUUAGAGAGAGAGAGAGAGAGAGAGUCAAAGGAAGCCAAUUUUGUCAUCAACCUCAGCAUACGCCAAAUAUCCCUUUCUUCCUCAUGCGUUGGUUUUCUUUUGUCUUUUUUAAAUAUUAUUUUGGGGGAUUUUGUUUUGCUUGUUCCCCACGUCUCUUGGUUUUCACGUCAACAGCUGUGAAUUACAGUGUGCUUUGAAAGUUCUGCAUUUUGUUCCGACUGUUGCAAUCAACAGGUCUCAGUAUUAAGCUAAACCCACUGCUGUUUCACGUUUUCGGGUUUUAUUUUUUAAGCGUUGUCGUUUAGUACUCCGUAAGCAGUGCCUCUCUGGAUCCCGGCUCGACCUGCUUUCCUUACAUUUUUCAACCAGUCUGGUUUCGUUAGUUCCUCAGUGCUGGUGCUUUGUGGGAAAUGGGAAUUGUUUUCCCGCAAACUCCUGGGAAUAUGUCCCCCCCACACCUUUUCCCAGUACUGUCCAUCCCAGUGGCCAAACUGGAUUUAUGCUGCUAGACACAUGGAAAAAUAUGGUGGAACUUUAACUGGCUGUGACGUUUUAGUCCCAGACUAAAUUCUAAAACUUGUAAAAAUGACACAAACCUACCAACAAAAGCAAGAUAUCGACAUAACAGCUUCUUUUUUUGCCACUGAAACUUGAGCCAAAUGUGCCUCUACGAGGCGUAGAGGAGAGAGAAAUUGUCUUGACAAAGAGACGGGUUUGCCUGCUGGACGAGGAGAAUCUAUUUUGCGCGAGCGUGGCCGUGUGUGUGUGCGUGUGUGCCGGUGUGUGUUUGAGCAAAUUGUUCGCACAUUCCUUUGGGACAAGAGCUCCGUCGGUCUGUUCUGUGUGGAAAUGUAUGCUUGGACAAACACGAGAAUACUGUUCUUGUUUUUAAUUGGUUGAAAAACAAGAUUGUUGAAACCGCUGUAAAGUUACCGAUGUAAAGAACAUUGUCAAGUUCAUGCAGGUCUUAGUGUACAGAAACGGGCAUCCGAUUUAGUUUUAAGCGCAAGAGCUAACCUGGUCUCCACUGGUGACGCUCUGAUGGUUUUUUGGAAUGGUAAAACAGCUUCAUAGAUAUACAGGACGUAACCACAUCCGUAGCCAAACAAUUCGUCUCAUCCUCAAAGUCACACAACUCAAGCUGAACUGUGAAAGUGGUUUAACACUGUAUAUUAAAAGAAAAAAACAAUCUUGUUCUUUCUCCUGUUUUUGUUUAAUUUAUAAUCUGGUUUGAGAAAUCAGAUGUCGGAGCUGUUUUAUUUUUUCAGUUAUUGUAAACUGCCUGGCAUAACAGACAGAAAAAAAACCUUAAAGGGAUUGUGUAUUUGUUUGAUUCAUUUAGAAUGUUUAUUUUCUUAUAACUUAAGUGCAAUAAAAUGUGGGUUUUUCUUUUUCAUUUCAAGAAUUUUGGUUGUCUGUGUUCCUCACUGUGUGAAAGUGUCAUGUUGUCCAAUAAAGCUUCUACAGUUUA